GUUUGGCUGUGGGGGAGAGGCGGCGUCUCUCCUGGUACAUCACUGGAGGAAGCUAUGUUCUCCAUCAGAGCCUCAAACUUGAAAAUGUCUCCGGCUGUGAUUGGAUUUCUUCUUGUCUGGUUUUCAUAUGGAGCCGAGAGUGUGACAUUUCAGCCAUCACUUCCCAGAAUAGUCAACGACAAGGCCAGGACAGAAAUUAAAUGUAGUCAUGACGACAGCAACCUCGAUGUAAUGCUCUGGUACCAACAAAAAGAGACGGGUUUGAUGAGCCUCAUUGGAUACGGCUAUGUGAACAACGACCCCAACUACGAGGAAAAGUUCAAAGAUCGGUUUGAGAUCACAAGAAAAGACGUGCAAACAGGAGCUCUGAUUAUUCAGAGUGUGAAUCUCUCAGACUCUGCUGUGUAUUUCUGCGCUGCUAGUACACAUGAAUUCCUACAAAUCAAAUUGCUUGAACUGACAGGAGACGUGGAAAGCGUGUCCUUCGAGCAGUCCUCUCCUCAAGUUGUGAAGGCAGGAACUGAGGAGCUCAGGAUUAACUGCAGUCACAAUGACAGCAGCCUCUCAGUUAUGCUGUGGUACCAACACAAACAGAGCGGUCGCUCCAUGAGCCUCAUUGGGUACACAGUCCUCCAGAGUGACCCGAGCUACGAGGACCAGUUCAAAGACAGGUUCCAGAUCAAAAGAGACGACAGGCUGAGAGGAUCUCUGCUCAUUCGCGCAGUGGAUCCAUCAGACUCAGCCGUUUAUUUCUGCGCUGCCAGCACACAGAGGCUCAUCACAGACAUGCUCGUCACGGUCCUCUACCUGUCACUUCUUUUGCACUCAGGUCUCUCUGUGGUGGUUCUUCAGGCAGGGGAUCAAAUGUCUCACCCCGGAGUCACGGUGACGUUGGAGUGCAGCAUGGGUCAAGGGUUCAGUAUGUCCAGCUACACCAUGUACUGGUACAGACAAAACCACUACGGAGCACCAGUUCAGUACCUCACCAGAGAGUACGACCAGACUGAGGGGCGCUUCCAGUCGUCCAUCGACGCGUCCAAAAACUUCUUCUCUCUUCAAAUCACUGAGCUGCUCCCCAACGACAGCAGCACCUACUACUGUGCUGCCAGUCACACCGUCACAGAAAUAGCAGCAGUCGGGCUGCGGCGUUCAGCCGUCAGUCAGCCCGACCUAGGAGGCCUUCAGUGUGACACUGGAGGUGAAGCUCACUUUGGAAAGGGAACAAAACUCACUGUUUUGGAAAGUGGCCGUCAAGCAAAACCACCAACAGUGAACGUGCUUCCACCUUCGUUAAAUGAGUGUCGGAACAAAAAAGACAGCGAAAGAAGGAAGACCUUAGUUUGUGUGGCAAGUGAAUUCUACCCAGACCAUGUCAGUGUGUUCUGGCAGAUUGAUGGGGAUAAUGUCACCGAAGGUGUGGCGACAGACGACGCUGCCCUGCGGCCGGAGGGUGACGGGUAUUACAAAAUCACCAGCAGGUUGAGGGUCUCUGCCAAAUCUUGGUUCACACCCACCCGAGAAUUCAAGUGUCUGGUCCAGUUCUACAAUGGAAAGGAUUAUGAGAUUUAUGAAGACUCCAUUAAUGGUGUUGAAGCUCCAGCUAAAGGAAAUGCUAUAACAAGAGAGAAAUAUCUGAGGGUCACACAGACGGCCAAACUCUCCUACGCUGUUUUCAUCGUCAAGAGCAGCAUCUAUGGAGCCUUUGUGGCGUUUCUGGUGUGGAAGCUUCAGGGAAAGCAGAACAACUGACAGCCGAGCCGAGGCUGAACAAAUGAAGUCUGGGAGAUCAGAAAUGUUGGUUCCUGUAAAUACACAAUGAAAAGUUUUAUUUCCACACCUGUUUGUUAGACAAGGAAAUUCUUGUUAUCUUAAAGCUACUUUGGCGUUUCUAUAAAUGCUCUUUUGUGGUUGUGAACGGCUUGUUUGCUUCAUUUUCUUCUCAAUAAAAGUAUUUCCGAGGA